AAACAUUGCAUUGUCUCUCUCGUGCACUCACAACCUGACCACUGAAGCAAAAAGCUCUUUGCGACGUCCUCGUCAGCACACAUGGCUGCCGGCAUGAAUGUACUUAUCUUCGUGGUCGUUUUCCUGGCUGCUGUCUCCAAGGUCUCCCUGAGUCUGCCAUCGCAAUCGCCUAUGACAGAGAAGAGAUCUGAUGGCGCGGCCCUUGUGUCGGGCGGACGGUCGUACAACCACACGCGCCAGGCACGCUCUGCUGGAACGCUCCCCUCGGCGCAGCAGUCCAACUACAACCAAUCCCCGGAAGACGCCGAGGCUUUGAACACCUUGAGUCAGCUCCUGGUCAGACUCAUCUCCAGGAAAGGCAUGCCCUACCAAAGCAGAUCCUCCAUUGCCAGUCGAGCCAGCGGUCUAGCGGCUGAGCACAGGAUAAAGGACCGAGAUUAUGAGGGCUGGAUGGAUUUUGGGAGGCGUAGCGCAGAGGCGAUGGAAAUCUCCUAGAGGCGCGCCUUCAGUGCAGAGCUGCAGUCGUCACCAUUGCCAAAAAGCACCCCCUCGAUAUGUCCGACUCACAGUGCACAAACGGCCAAAUGUGACACAAGUGUACAGUUGUUAAGACCAAAAUGAUUCACACUCUUGCAUCAUAUGUAAAGUUUUAUUUGGUGCUUGGGAGUAAAUGACACAAGAUGGUGGCAAAAAACACUCAGGAGUUGAGUUACAAUCACUAAAGGAUACUAUUUGCCAUUUUCCGUCUUUCAUUGCUAUGUUUUACUUUCUGAAAAUUAUUCAGAUCCCUGAUUUUUUAUAUUCUUAAUUUUGAGGGGAACAUCAUCUGCUUGUUGUGCUCUCGAUAAUUUUUGGCAUAAUCUAGUGCAUUCAAAUCAUCCCAGUGAAUUUCAAACAAUGGAUUUGUCUAACUUGAGAAAAAGUAUUAAUCAUUUUGGAAAAUGUAAAUAAUAAUAUAACAAGACGAUUAAUGAAAACAGCAUAUAUAUUCAUGUAUACAUAACAGUCUUUUCACAUUGGAUGACUGUAAACUCCAUUUCCCAAAUGAAAAUUCAUUACAAAUGUUGCAGGGGUGGAAAUAAUUUUGGCUUAAUUUUAUACUGUACGUUUAUCACUGGAUAAGCCAUUUAAUGAAUAAACACUGGUGCGAAUCUUAAAUCUGAGAUUAUAAACACUUUUCAAACUACAUAAGAAAUGGAAACGACAGCGCUUAUUUUUAUUUCCUUUUUUUCAAUAUGCACAUAUGAUGUACUAUAUUAAUAUGAUAAUCUCAUUAAAACAUUUUAUGUCUUAGUGGUCA